AUGUUCAUCCUCCUCCACCCAUCCUCCUCCACCCAUUCCCUCUCUGUCUCACCCCCCCGCCCGCACGUCGACCCGCACCGCGCCACCGCCUGGAUCCGCCCACGCCGCCGUCGUCUCCGCGUGGAUCAGCCCGCGCCGCCGCUCUAUCCGCCCGCCCCGGCCUCCCUCGACACAUCCCCCGCGCGGCCGGCCCUCCCUCCCCCGACCUCCGUCCCCGCCCCGACCUCCGUCGACCCCGCCCCGGCGGCCACUUCGUCUCCUACCCGACCUCCGCCGACCCCUUCCCGGCCACACCGCCCCCCGCCCCGUCCACCCCGUCCCCGCGUCGGCCACCCCGUCGCUGCCUCGUCCACCCCGUCCCCGACCCGACCGCCCUCGCCUCUGCCCCGCGCGCGGCCGGCCCUUCCCCGCGCCAGGCCACCGCCGCGGCGGCCCUCCACCGCCUGCUCUGCCCCUCCCCCCGAGCCGGCCCUCCCCCACGGUUCUGUGGUGUUCCAUCUCGGUGAAGUGAUCGGCGUAGGAGCUGUUGGUCCCCGGUCGUCCGUCUGCUAUUCGAAUACUUCCUCUACAGCUGAGGGUGAGCUACGAAUCAUGUCACUAGAUUUCAUUCUCAAGUCAACUGGCAAAUUCUAUCGAGUUCUCCCGGAGCACAGGGCCAGAGCGGACCAGAUCGUGCUGCGCCAAUGCAAGAAGAAGGCCCGCCAGAUGCAGUACGAGGUGCGGUAUGUGGCCAUCUCGACAUACCAUCACGACCAUCUUGGUGUGAAGCUGACCAAGGAAGACGCGCGGAGGAUGGGCAUUACCUUGGAGAGGGACGAGUUCUUGAAGGAGGAGAAACUGAAGCGGUCGCUCUCACACAUGCAGGCGUGGGAGAUCGCCCAUACGCGGAAGUACCCCAAGCCUGGCGAGCCCAAGUACUACGGCAAGAAGACCGCGCAUAGGAAGAAGGCCUACUCCGAUGGGUAUCUGGCGUUACAUCCUGACACACCUGACCCCAUUGCGGCGGAUCUGGACGAAAGGGUGGUGGUGGGCAUGGGGCCGAAGGAGCACGGUCGGGAGGCGGUUCUCGAUGCUGUGAUCACUCUCCUACUAUCUCCUACACACAGCUCCGUCGGAUCGACGCGACCCUGA